GGAACUUUUCAAAGAGCGACGGUAUACAUCUUUCACACAAUGACAAGUGCAGAUCCUUGGGUUGGGACAUGGAGACCCCACAGACCGAAGGGGCCCAUAGCUGCCCUCCAUGGAAGCCCAGGGCCAGCAUAUGCACUGCCGGGUCUCACAGGUGGUGAGAGGCAUGACCCCACCAAAAACAAAGCACCUGUGAUCAGCCUUGGGAAACGAUAUGAGCUGCCCAGUUUCAACUGCUCUCCUGGACCAAAGUACCUCGUCCCAGCUAAUGUCAGCAAAACAGGCAGACAUGGAACGCCUGCAUUUUCACUUCAUAGCCGUCUAAAGAGUCCAAAAGUGGUCAAAACCCCUGGACCAGGCCAUUACUCCCCGGAGCCUUCAGGCAAGUCAGUCUUCCGCUCUUGUCCAGCUUAUUCUGUGUGUGGAAGGAGCAAAGACAUGUCUCGUGACGAAACACCAGGGCCAGGCUCUUACAAUCUGCCCACUGCACUGGGGUGUAAAACAGUGGUCACCUCUGCAGCUCCUGCCCAUUCAAUCAGCAGCCGAAGUAAAAUUGGAGGCUUUAAUGAGGACCUGAAGAAGAGUCCUGGUCCUGCUGCCUACAAAGUCGUGGACUCUUGUAUUUUCAAGAGUAAACCUCCUCAGUACAGCAUGACAGGCCGCAACUUCACGCCUAGUCCGGGUGCAAAUACGCCUGGGCCUGGAUCACACAAUCCAGGGAAGGUGACCUUCACAAAAGCAAAAGCACCAUGCUUUUCUUUUGGACUGCGACACUCGGAAUACAUCUUACCUGUCCCAAAUGUGGCUGAAUAAAGUCACAUAUAUUCUCAUCUGUAAAAUGGGAAUAUUGCCUUGGCAAUUGUUAAUAAAGCAUUAAAAAAAGUUGAACAUGGUUAUUGAGAUCAUAUGUAGAUUGUAAUUGUCCAUUUUUUUGGGUCUUGGUGCAUUAACAUUUUGUCAAGUGUUUGAUCACUAUCAGUGUUUCAAGAAAUAAAAACAUCACUAUUAGAACACACUGUUGUCUG